GGGGGGGGGGGGGGGGGGGGGGGGGGAAGAUUGAGCUUCUGCUAUUGAGAGAAGCUAGAAAUCUGAAGUUUAAAAAAAGGGAAAGCUGGAAUAAGUUGUGAUGAAAGAACAUCAAGCCGAAAUAUUACCCCUUUGUGAAUGCUGGGUAUUAACGAUUUCUAUUUUAUUUAGAGCAGUAUUAUGGUCCAGUAAAUAGCAAGGAUUGAAAUAUAAUAUUUUCCUGAAUACAAUUUGUGCAUCUUUUUGCACAAAGAUGUAUGAACUGUAAGUGAAAUAGAUUUUGGAAUCGCCUAGAAAGUAUCAGUGCAAAGGUCAACGGCGCUUGCAAUAGGAUCGCCACACGUAUGUAGCUUUCUAUGAAAUUGAGUUGAUAAAUUGAACGUCGGUAACCUACAAGGCAGGGCAGGCACUUUUCAUUACAUGAGUGUUUUCUGUUCUACAUCAGGACAAGAAAUGCAACUGACUUGAAACGGUUAGGUUUACAUUCUGGGCAUUUCUAUCCAAGCAAAGAAACGAGAAUAUUUUUUUAACAAACAACUUUCUGCCCGUUUAAAUUACAUUUCGGAAUUUGGUAUAUUAAACCAGUCAGUGUUUUGAAUUUUUAGAAAAUGGGAAAAUAGAUUUACACUUUAAUUUGUUUAGAGUCUGACGCAGAAACACAUAUGAAAAUGGCUCUUUGCGUUAUUGGUUGUUUUGAACAAGCGUCGAGAUUUAUUUCGUAGUGGAUCCGAAAUAUCCAAGACUAGACAAGUGCGUGGUUCUAGGCACUCAAAAUGUAACAUAAAUAAAAGAAAAAAUAUAGGUCAGUAAUUUCAUCGUUUGCCCGUUUGAUCUCCAACCUCCUGUUCGUGCGAAAUUUAACUGGAAAUAUAGCGAGGCAGCAGCGUGCUGAGAAUAAAUCUCACUGGCACCGAUUAUUGAGCUAAUUGUAUAUAUUUAUUGGGUAACAUCAAUUUUCUCUGUUUCUCUGUCCCCGCCGUUUUUAACUAAAAUGAAACAGGCACAUGCGGCAGCUUCUAACCUUGCUCACAGCGGCGGAUUGACGGCUGCUGUAACCAGUCGGGGAGUUGCACUCUGUGCUGAACCAAUCGGGGCCACGGCAGGCGGGAUGUCUCAGGUCCCUUUCACCAAGGCUUGUGGACUCCUGGGAUGUUACUGUAGUUGUGCCUUUUUUUGGGGGAAAAUGUCUUUUGAUCAAUUUCCCUAAAUGGAGUUCAAAGGCAAUGGAGUCAUUGUGAACUGGAAAUCGUCUGUAUGAACUGUAAUGGGUUGUCAUGGAAACUAUGACCAAGACUUUAAAGAGAUCAGCCACAACGAGAUACCAACGCAAGAGGUGCAACUCGGUAACGAAUCCCAGGGGUCCCUGGACCAGUUUAUGGCUAAGCUGUGCAGGCGUCAUCAGAAACAAUUCAUGAGUGUUCUUGGCCACAUGCACAGCGGAACGGGUCCUGAAUCGGAAUCGGUGGCCAAUGAGGACAUGGCGGCCUCCAACCCAGCGGUUCUGCAACAGCAGCCCAAGGACUCCGGGGAACCGUUACCAAGCCGACCCACCUUCCCGUCACGCCCUUCCUUUAACCGAGUGGUGCCGACCCAGAAUGAAACCAACUGCACGAAUGUUGAAGAGGACAGGCUGCUUCCCAGUGAGGUGGGGAACGAGAUCUGCGGUGUUACUUCUGUCGAAUCGCCAGCAGCCUUGGGUAGUUCUAGUGGUGGGACUCUUACCAAAAACAGCACAGUUGGGGCUAAGCCCUCUUCUAAAGGUACAUUUACAACUAACUGCAGCAAAACCGUGAGCUUGGAAGCUCUGCAAAACGAAACUGUGAAUAAUAGGAAGUUGAUCAGCAACUCGCUGUUGGGUCUGUCCCCCAGUGACUGCGCACUCAUUGGCACUGCUAACCGAUUAGAAGGAUUAAGUUCUUGCAACCAGAAGAGCAAAACGGAGGAGACGGGCUCCGCCAAAGGUCAGAAGGAGGGUCUCCGAGCUCUUCCCAUGCAGUUACUUAACCAGCGAAAGAAUUUGGCUAGAAGUCAGAACGGUCCACAGAGCAGUUCCGGGGCGAUUAAACGCGCUCCGGUUCAAGAACACACUACCUCCGCCAAAAGAAAUGUCAAAGGUAAUCAUGUGCUUCCGACGACAGCGGGUGCAAAGGAUUGCUGGAUUCUCUCCAAGUCGAGUGCCAGUGGGCGCGGAGCCAACGGGCACCUGAGGCUGAAGGUGCAGUCCCCUCCCACCAGGGCGGCCAGGAAGAGCACCAGGGUGGCGGUCCCUCGGUCACGUUCCUCCGUCUCCACCAUGUGCCAGUACGUGAACGAGCACGACAACCAGUGCGACAUUGUUUACAUCAGCAAGCCCAUCACGGAGUGCCGCUUCGACGGCCAGCGGUCCUGGUCCUCCACGAGGAAGACGGCCAGGAAAAGUACCCGUGGCCAUCUCUGCAACGAGGAAUACUGGGAGCUGAAGACGGUCCGCACUUCGGCCAGGAACUCAACCAUAGAAGUAGGUAGGGAGACCUGCGCUCCCAAAGUGCCUGCCCCAGUGACCCUCAAGCCAGUGAUUACACUGCCCGUUAGUGUGCCCGUCGCUGGCGCUCCAGUGGCGAUUGGGACUGGCGUUCAUUGUCCAAAGGGGCAGGAGAAAACAUUGCUGAUGCAAGACCAAGUUCAGGGGCUCGAGGAGAGUCUGAACAAUUACUCGGCAAACAGUGCAGAGCAGCUCUUCGGCACGAGUCCGACCUGCGGAUUGCAGGAGGCCAGUCUGUCUUCUAUGAAUGACAACAGUCCGCAAGGGGAACAGAAGAGGCCUGCUGCCCACGCUGACAGUCCCAUCUCUGAAAAUUGCCCGGCGGAAAUCAGGGCCAUGGAGGUUCCAAACAUUGACACGAGCGAGUGUGUCGUGGUGCCGGCCGAAUCCAGAGAUCAGAGCAACAGCUCGUCAGCCGCUUAUGUGAGCGUUGAACCACGCGACCAGCUUCUGGAGGAAUGCAGGGACACAGAAUGGGAUCUUUCCACACUGGACAAAUUGAGUAAGGACAGCAAUGAGGUGAAGUGCAAUUCACCAGCAGACAGUAAGAGUUCUCCCAACCACUCAGAGGCCAUUGUGAAUAAUGGGAGCCAAGAGCUGUCCAUGUCCUCCUUAGAGAAUGCCAGUAUCAGUCCUGUUAACAGUAUUGAGAUCAGCCUUUCUCCUCGAGAGCAAUGCAACAAGCAGAACAACAGUAGCAGUGAAAUCUUAAACGGCGACUUGGGAAAGGUGAGCAAUAAUGUCUGCAAGGCAACCGUGGAAUCCCAACAGCCUGAAUGUUCAGUCGAGAAUGUUGAUACGGUAAAGGUAGAAAAAUUGUUGAUUGAGAAAGAAGAUUCCCAAGGAUCGCCGGUUACACUGCGUCUUCCGUCUAAACCAGUCGCUUGUUCUCCUGAAGCCAAGAGCGAUUUGCAUCCGCAGCCAGCUUCCGCACAUGCAAGCAAAAGGAGGGGCAGUGACUCGGGAAGGUCUACCCCGGAGAUGGUGGGAAGGUGUAGUGAAGGAACUGAUGGCAUUGAGUGCCACGUGACACCGAGCAGCCCGUGUUGGACGGAGAUAGAGCAGGAAGACCUUGGAGCAAAUGCACCCGAUCACAAGAGGAAAGAAGAUGUUAUGGCCGAGAGAUCUCUGCAGCCCGGGAGGAGUAUCAGUCCCAAUAAAGAGGAGACGCCUAUGCCAGAUGCCUCUGUAAAGAAAAGGCAACGUAAAAAAUUGGUUCCCGCUUCUACGGACAGACGCUUAAGGAGUCAACAAUCGCAGCCGCAGACUGUGGCCAGUCCUGGUGAUACUGUAGAGAAGCCAUUAGUUUGUGCUGAUGGAUUACUCGUACCCUGUCUCAACGUGAAAUUCCCAAGGAAUCAAGGGGAGAAGAAGUACAGAAGGGAAGUCUGUAUCAGCAGAGUGGCGUCUGUUCAGUUUCCAGUGGACUGCUUCAACAAAACCCUGCUGCAAAGCAUCAUUGACCCCGAAAGCAAGGUUGACGAAUCUCUAGCUUCCACUUCUGUGAAAGAUGGUGGCAAGACGGGACAGCCAGCGGCCAUGCCGGCCUCCAGCGAUCUUCCAGCCAAGGAGUCGGAGAACUCGGAAGACGACGAAUUGAUUAACGAUGCUUUUCUACCUGAAAACGUGCUCCUUGAACAAGGUCGAAUUCUCGAGGUCUGCGUAGAUGUACAAUCGGCUGAAGAGAGGCAAGUUUCCUUUUCCAAUCAAAAUGCUGAAACCGAUCGGGUUUCCGACUACUCCAGUGGCUCCGUGGAUGAUGGGUCUACUGCUAGCCAACAGCAGGCCAGUUCACGAAGGACUAAUACCCACAAAGAAAGCACAAAGCGGGCAGGCGCUGGCCUUGUAAAGAGACUGAUCAAUUUUGGAUCUCCGCAUCAAACAGCUAAAGGAAUGCACGCAAAACUGUCACCAGGGGACAAGAAGAAUGCUUCUCAUGACUUGAGAUGCUUGAAUAUGCCCAUCAAUGAGCCUGAAUCGAGUGUGUUGGAAGAGGACGUUGAGGACACAGAUAAUAAGCUGCCCACACAAGAUAUCCAGGAGGAUGAAGCAUCUGAGUUGGUUGGCAUGAAUGAUGCUGAUGCUACUGAAGUGAGUCGGCCAAAAUUUUUAGACUGGUGCUCUGAGGAUGAAAACCAAGAGCUAAUCACCACCUUGAAUGCAAAGUAUGAGAGUCUUCACAAAUCGUGGACUCAGAUGGAGAAAGAAGGGCCGGUGAUUCACAAGGCCAGAUCCAAGUCUGAUCGGCUUAAGGAAAUUUGGAAAAGCAGGAAGAGGGCGCGGAAGGUCAGAGGUUUGUACGACCACAAAAUAUCUCCAGUGCAGAAACUCUUUGUGGCCAACUUCAACAUGGCCAACAUCUGCAAGUGGUUCAUGGAGACGACCGAGACCAAGUCUCUGGUGAUCGUCAAGAACGUCAAUGCCCGGAAUCCGGUGGUGACCAUGAAACCCAAGAGCUUUCUGCAGAAGAGCUCCAUGAUUGGCAUUUUCCCCAGUCCCCAAGCUGAGCGGCUAAAGAAGCACCUGAAGAAGUUUGCCAUAGCCUCCCCUGCUCGAAAUAACCCAAAGACCCGAGCGCUGCUGGACAACAUGCGGAGGAUCGCUAUGGCGCGAGGUGAGCGAGUCGGGCAACAGCAGCAACAGGACAUGUUGCCCGAUGCUGAAGAUGGCCUGUCCACUGGGGACCUCUUUUCGGCCAACAUGCUGCCAGACUGUCAAGAGGAAGGAGAUGGUCCCUCUUUGAUUCGGGGGGUGCCCCAACACUCCAAACACAUAGGGCUGAAGAAGCCUGUCAGCGCCUGGAUCCUUCGGAAGUACUCUAACAUGAUGGGCAAACUCCACAAGUUUCAGCACGGCAAGGAGCAAGCUGGGAGGAAGAACCCAGGCAGACACAAGAGCGUUUGCAUGAAUCCCAUGGUGUCGCCCAAGCUGACGUCACAGACCCAGUUAGAGUCGCCAAAGGAACCUCUGCCCGUCGUCCCUGGCAGACCAGAGGAGAGCAAAGGCAAGAGGAAAAGAACCAGGGACUCUCCAAUCAAGGAACCCCGCUUGGGGCGGUCCAGGCGCUCCAAGUCCGAGGCCGUCUCUCCGUCCCUUCCGUCCAAGCCUGCACCCAAGCCCGUCCCAGCCAGCCAGAAACCCAAAGCCGACGGCACCUCCAGCAGGUUGCCGGCUCCAAGGAAAUCGGGCAGCGGUGCAAAACCCAGCGGGCUGCCCGUGAAGGCGGUGAAGAGGUCCCCCAGUGCUGGGCUGAAGAGCGUCGCGAGAGGCAAGGGCAAGUCUGAUGCUCGAGAUGGAGGCAAGGGCAAACGGCUCAGGGCCAAGAGGAAGGGCGGUGUGGGCAGAGAGCAGCGGGCGAGGCAGGCCCAGAGCAAGGUGGGGUCCCCUGCAGCCAGGACCAAGCAGCGGGACAAGACCCGCGCUAAACUUAAAGCCAAGGCGGCCGCCCCUGCCAAGCACAGGCCCAAGUGCGAAGUCUCACUCGAGGCCAAGCGCAAAAAGAAACGGAAACUCGGCGGCAAGACUGAUCCGGUUCCCAACAAGCGCAGGAGGACUGAUGCUAAGUGACACGUUUGCCCGCAGGGCUCUGUAAAUUAUUGUCUUUAACAACAAACAAAAAUACAGUCGGAUGCAGAAAGCAGAACUUGUCGAAGCUGCUUUUAUAAUCUCGAGGCGAGCCUUUGGAAUCACAGAGGAAAGAACUCGACCGUGAUCCUAAUUUUAUUUUUCUAAGCACGUAAGCAGAUGGCUUGUAAAGAAAAUACAGGGAGCUCUCCCCUCCUGCUCCCCACAACUGUGAAUAGUUUUUAUACUGUGCUAAAAAUGGUAUUGUUUUCUUUUGCCUGUUUGGUUUGAUUUUUAUAUUAUAUAUAUAAAAAAGAAUUUCCAGGCUUAGAAUUGAUACAAGAGCUGUAAACACGGAUUGAAAAGAACAGUGCCUUAUUUAAAUGCUGAGAAGAAAAAGUGAUUUUUUUUUUGGUGUGUGUAUCUGAGAUUAAAGGCUUGCAUUGACAA